CUCCACCGUCGAGCCGCCAUGUUUUCGGAGUGAGAGCCUGGGGUUUCAGGGUAACCGGGGCCAAAAUCCACGACCAUCCACCCUCUUCACCGAUGCUGAGCAGGACACUGCACACCGAUGCGCUGCAAAGCGAUCUCCAUCUGUUCCAACGUUGGUGCGAGCCACAAGCGAGCCUGUCCCGAAAACUACUAGUGGCUCCGUGAAGUGUGAAAUCCCCCGUUGCAGGCUCUGGUGGAAUGAGCAGUGUGAGUGUGUUGAAGAGGAAAGCGUUGCCCUGGCAGGAACCAUUCAGUCCCCACUGUAGGAAUACAUCUCACAACAUGCCCGUGGUGCUGAGCAGUGGAGCACAUGCCCCUCCAAAUGGGCAGACCCCUCAGGCCCCACCACCCAACCAACAGGGCGUGGCUGGUGCUGGACGUUCCCAGGAUGACGCCAUGGUGGAUUACUUCUUCCAGCGGCAGCACGGAGAGCAGCCAGGCAAACAUCGCUGGCCCACCGGAGACAACAUCCAUGACAGUCAGGUCCGCUCCAUGGACGAGCUGAACCAUGACUUUCAGGCACUGGCUUUGGAGGGACGGACUAUGGGAGAGCAGCUGCUCACUGGGAAGAAGUUCUGGGAGACUGAUGACUCCGGGAAGGACGGACCCAAAGGAAUCUUCCUGGAUCAAUGGAGGGACAGUGCAUGGGGGGCUUCAGACCAUUCCGUGUCUCAACCAAUCAUGGUGUCCCGGCGGCCAGGACAGGGUUUUCACGGUGGUGGCGAAGUGGGUGUGGGCUCUGUGAUGUCACCUCGCUCGGAGAGUGGUGGGCUCGGAGUAAGCAUGGUGGAGUACGUUCUCUCCUCCUCACCAGCUGACAAACUGGACUCCUGUCUUCGGAAGGGACCUUAUGGUCAGAGGGAUGGCGAAGUGGAGGAGGAGAAGAGAGAAAAGCCAAAAGCAGCAUUUGAGGGUGAAAAACUCAAAGAAUUGACAGAAAGUGAAAGUGAUGUGAUCAAUGAUGUUAUCAAUCCAAACGGAUUACCGGUGCAGAAUGGCCUCGAUGUCGAUGUCAAAGAAUUUGGUCGUGGCCCAGGCAACAUGCAACCUCCUGGACCUGAAGGGGACCUGCUUGGAGUUCCUGGGGUUGUUGGGCCUGAUAGCAUGACCCCGCUGGGCGGUGGAGGUCCCAAACCCCCUGAUGACUUCUCCGGUGUAGACCAAGGCGGUGUCACGAUGGAUCCCAUGGAGUCUGUGAUUGAACCCCUUCAGUUUGAUUACAACUCCCAGAUGCAGAUGGACUCUGCUCCGACUGUGGGCUUAUUUGAUUACACCAACCAGCAGCAGCUGUUCCAGAGAAACAAUGCUCUUGCGGUGCAGCAGUUAACAGCAGCCCAACAACAGCAGUACGCCUUGGCAGCUGCACAGCAACCUCAUAUUGGUCUGGCUCCAGCAUUUGUACCCAACCCUUACAUCAUCAGUGCGGCGCCCCCUGGUACAGACCCCUAUGCUGCAGGACUUGCAGCAGCAGCCACGUUAGGUCCAGCAGUGAUGCCUCCUCAGUACUACGGUGUCACUCCCUGGGGGGUCUAUCCUGCCAACCUUUUCCAGCAGCAGGCAGCUGCUGCCAGUAGCUCAGCCAAUCAACAAGCAGCAAACCAAGGCCAGCAGAACCAGCAGCAGGUAAUGCGUGCAGGGGGCAACCAACGACCUCUGACCCCCAGCCAAGGUCAGCAGGGACAGCAGAAUGACCAGCUGGUUGCUGCAGCAGCUGUGAACUCAGCUCUUGCUUUUGGGCAGGGGUUAACAGCAGGUGUCCCUGGUUAUCCAGUUCUGGCCCCUGCUGCAUACUAUGACCAGACAGGGGCCCUGGUGGUUAACACGGGAGCACGGAGUGGCCCUGUCCGCCUCAUGGCACCUGCCUCUGUCAUCAUAUCUCCCACUGCUGCACAAGCAGUCGCAGCAGCUGCAGCAUCUGCUGGAGGUGCCAACGGUGGUCUUGGUGGUGGGGCCAAUGGUCCGUUCCGUGCCAUGACCUCUCAGCAGGGUCAGCCGCAAGGUGGCCCUGGUGGUGCCCUGGGUGGUAGCUCCUUCUAUGGAUCGUCGUCGCUGAGCUCGUCCUCUCAGAGCUCAUCUCUCUUCUCACAGGGAUCUGCUCAGCCGGGACCUGGCUCUGCCUCAUUGGGCUUUAGCCAGCCUGGUUCAUCAUCACUUGGGCCGUCACUUGGGGCCACACUGGGUGGCUUCGGUACUGCAGUGGCCAAUUCCAGUGGUGGCAGUGGUUCAAGGCGAGAUUCUUUGACGGGGAACAAUGAGUUAUACAAACGUACAGCUUCAAGUCUCAACCCAAUUGGUCAUGGAGGCUUCUACAACGGCACCCUGGGCUUCAGUCCCUCCCCAGGACCUGUGGGAAUGCCCCUGCCAAACCAGGGCCCCUCUCAUUCACUCACACCGCCACCCUCGUUGUCCAAUCACAGCUCUUCAUCAAACCUAAAUCUUGGAGGACUGACAAACGGUAGUGGACGCUUCAUCUCUGCAGCGCCGGGAGCUGAAGCCAAGUACCGUAGUGCCACCAGUUCAGGCUCCUCACUCUUCUCACCCAGCAGCCAGUUGUUCCCAUCGUCGCGACUUCGCUACGGCAUGUCAGACGUGAUGCCUUCAGGCCGAAGCCGCCUGCUGGAGGAUUUUCGGAACAACCGUUACCCCAACCUGCAGCUUCGAGACAUCGCCGGGCACAUUAUGGAGUUCAGUCAGGAUCAGCAUGGCAGCAGGUUCAUUCAGUUGAAGUUGGAGCGAGCCACUUCUGCCGAACGCCAGCUCGUGUUCAGUGAGAUUCUGCAGGCUGCGUACCAGCUCAUGGUGGACGUCUUCGGAAACUACGUCAUCCAGAAGUUUUUUGAGUUUGGCAGUCUGGACCAGAAGCUAGCACUUGCCGAGAGGAUCAGAGGCCAUGUUUUGUCUCUGGCCCUACAGAUGUACGGCUGCAGGGUCAUUCAGAAAGCUCUGGAGUUCAUCCCCUCAGACCAGCAGAUCAUAAGCGAGAUGGUCCGAGAGCUGGACGGCCACGUGCUGAAAUGCGUCAAGGAUCAGAACGGGAACCAUGUAGUGCAGAAGUGUAUCGAGUGCGUCCAACCUCACGCGCUUCACUUCAUCAUCGACGCCUUUAAGGGACAGGUCUUCGCCCUCUCCACUCACCCUUACGGCUGUCGAGUCAUCCAGCGCAUUCUUGAACACUGCCUUCCUGAACAGACGCUGCCUAUCCUCGAAGAGCUGCAUCAACACACCGAGCAGCUUGUGCAGGACCAAUAUGGCAACUACGUGAUCCAGCACGUGCUGGAGCACGGCCGAGCAGAGGACAAGAGCAAGAUAGUGGCGGAGAUCAGGGGCAAUGUUCUGGGCCUGAGCCAGCACAAGUUUGCCAGUAAUGUGGUGGAGAAGUGCGUGACGCGAGCUUCCAGGGGAGAGCGGGCGAUACUUAUCGAGGAAGUGUGCAGCCUGACUGAGGGCCCCCACAGUGCCUUAUUCACCAUGAUGAAGGACCAGUACGCCAACUACGUGGUGCAGAAGAUGAUCGACGUGGCCGAGCCGACGCAGCGGAAGAUAGUGAUGCACAAAAUCCGGCCUCACAUCUCCACCCUGAGGAAGUACACGUAUGGGAAACACAUCCUGGCCAAGCUGGAGAAAUUCUACGGCGUUGAUCUGAGCCCUCUGUGCGGCCCACCGAAUGGCAUCAUGUGAAAUGAAGCCCUUCCUCCCUCAAGACAUGUUUACCCCCCUGACCCUUCUGAAGGCCUCAUUUGACUGAAUGUCUUUUGCUGGGAAGCCACCCUGCACCCCCUGUACCCCUGUUUCCAUGACAACCCUUCAGGAGGAGCCUGUUGCUACAAGGCAGCCUUAGUUGAAAAUUUGGUCACCCCUCCCCCUACCUGGGACAGCUCCUGUUCAGAGUCCACUCACCGCCUCACACUCGCCUUUUUCUGCAUUUCACCCUCUUUAUUUAAGUUGAAUCAUUUUUCAUGCCGGCCACAGCCGCUUCUUCCACCCGCCGCCGUUCACCACUACGAGAAGUCUGCCGCACACUUGUAGAUGGACCCACUCAUGCUUCAGCUAACCAGCAGACGGAUCAUUUAGCAUGAGAUUUGUUUUCUGGUCUUGCUUCUAUAAAUAUAACGUGUAUACUUGGUGUAGACCUUGCAUAUAUAUAAAUAUACAUAUAUAUAUGUGUAUAAAACUUUGUAGUUUUCUGGGUUUUGAUGUUGAAUCUGUAUCUAUAAUGUAUCCUAGUAGUGACCACAUACUUUGAUUGUAUAAUUGUAUAUUUGUAAACCCUUGUAAUGUAAAUGUGCUUUACCACCCUUUUAUUAUGAGGAAAGAAAAAAAAAAGUCAAAGAAAUUCUCACUUUGAAUUUAAAAUUCUUUAGGAAAAAACAAUCUUUAUUUCAGUGUAUAUUCUCACCUACUUGGUUGUGACAUGAGUUGUUGUAUAUUGUAAAUUGUAAUAUCAAAAGUUUUGUUUAAAAAUGCCCUUUCUAUACAACGUAGUGCUUGUACAAAGUUUUGCCACACUGGGUUUUAUGUCGUCACUGCUUAACUUAAGUCUCUCUGGAAGUGUUCUGCUCCCAAAUGUCCGUUUUUUUUUUUGUUUUUUUUUUUUCUCUUACAGCCAAGUUUUAUCUCAACUUUGCUUAAGUGACGUUUAUCUUAAGUUCCCUCCUGACUUCUGUUUCAUUUCACCUCUUUUCUAUGGACUCAUGUUUACCCUCUCAAAGUCACGCCGGCCGGACUUGUCCUGCUCGCCGCUUUCGAAGGGGUACUGCCGCGAAUUGUACAGCUGAAAUUAUUUGGCAUUUUCUCUUGUGCUGUAAGUGCUGUAUCAUAAUGUUUCUGUCCUUUUUUUUUUUUUAUUUUACGGUGAGAGAAGCCGCCCGCCACAGUGCGGUGUACAUUAAGACAGCCUUGUGUAUAUUUACUACGAGCACACCUGUAACCAUAUGUGUAUAGGUAACAGAACCUGUGUAUGCUUAUUGCCUGGGCAACUAUUUUUUGUAACAACUGUUGUAGAUUGUCUCAACAAUUGUGUGACCUUUAUUUUGAAAUUAAACAGAAUAAAAAACAUAAAC